CUCGUGUCUAGGGGGCGUGCUGACGGGGGCGUGGUCUGGCCGGAGCCCGGGCGGGAGCGAGCCUGUCUGAGCAAGUUUCUCUGAUCGAGGUUACAGGGUUGCUGUGACAGAGUCCUGUGCGUCCCUGUGUCGUGGCGUGAUUCUUUUGGAUCGUCCUGGGCAGGAGCUGUUGGGGGCCUUAGGCUAAUUGCGGGUGCUGGACCCGGAGCCCGUGAUGCGGCUUUCUCCACUUUGUUAGGUCCCGAGCUUUGGGGUAACUUUGCCUCACUGUAACCCCCCCUAGCUGGAAUGAGGACAUCCUAACGAGGCAAUUAUGUCCCUCCCGAUAGCCGUCUGCCGAGAAACAAAACAUCCCAGGGAAAUGAAUUUCCUCCUGGAAUCUCGUGCGGGGAGAACCUGCUUAGUGUCAGCCAGAGUGGAAACUUGUUUCUGGGGAAAAGAUUUCACACACAGAUCACCUUGCAGGACUGAAGCCUAGACAGUGAUGAAUGGGACACGCCUUGGCUUUAACUGUUCAGCUCUGUAUAAGUCUGACCGUUUAAACCUUACCCUCAUCUAAGGACCGAGAAGAUAAGACUUCUCUUUGUCCCUCUUCCCAGUGUGACCACUUUGAACAAAUCUCCUUUUUCUGUUACUUAGCAUUACUUGCUUAGUUGGCUUAUUAAGGAUGGUGGCCAACUUUGUCUAUUAGAUUGUAAGGGCCCAGGGUCUGACUGACAAGCUCUAUAAUCCAGCUUUCCGUCACUUAAUAAUAUUGGUCGAACCUGCUACCCUCUCAGGGUUGAAGCCCAGAGGCACGUUCAGCCCGGCAGCUGAGAAGGACGCCAAGCUGCAGUCUGGGGCGCCAGCCUUGUGGAGGCAGCAGGAGUCAGGAUGAGCGUCCCUCUGCUCUCAGCAGAUCAAUAUUGGAGCAGCGACCACCCAGCUAGAUGCCAGUAAGGCCGACACCCCUCUGCGCUGGUCCGGGUGCAGAAAUGAGUUUGGGCAUUUCCUUCGGAGCCUGGUGAUGGGAAGGGAUCAAAGUCGCUGAACUGGCUUUGUUUUUCCUGCUGCUGGAACUGGGCUGUCUUCUUGCCCUUCUCUGGUUGCAGUUUUCCCCACAACAGUUCUAAAGCCUCCUGACCUCAGGUGGAGAGAUGGAAGAGAAAAAGAAGCUGAAGGUGAUGUGGAUAAUGAAGAGAGGCAGAACUGGAGACGCGAGGGUAGUGAGGAACAGCCUGAUGAGAGUAGGCGGCAAUGCCAGCUAAGGCCACGAGGAGGCCGCAAGGAUGAAGGAAACUAGGUCCACAUUGUCUCCAAGAAACAAGUUCAGCAGGCAGCCCCUUCUGAGGCCUAACUGAACACUGAGACAGCACUGAAACCGUCAAGACAUCUUUGCUUGUUGGCCCUGGGCACGCCUCAGCCUCUCCUCCUGAGCGCUGUGCAGAAAGUUCCCUGGGAAGCAUCGGGGGUGACCACGGGUGGACCUGUUUCAUGCUUCCUGUGCCUCCAGCAUGUCGAGGCCACUCCAGACUGUAAGUCACUCGGAUCCAGGGAGGCUUGCUCAUAGCCAAAGCACCGAGGCCUGUGAUUCCAACCUGUUAGAAGCCAGGCACCGAUCACAUCUAGCAGCUCAGGAAAACGUCCCGGUGGCGUGUUUUGAUCCACCUCUUGAAGUGGAUAUGACCAGAAAGCCAGCUGUGUACAACCAAAAGGCAGCUGACCCACUGCAUCCUGGCCUUGCCAGCUUGUUGGUGAAAAACAAGACUCUUUUCGCGGAGCUGAGAAAUCUUCAAAGCAAACUUUUCAUGAAAGAAACUUCAUUGCAAGAGAUGAAGACAGAGCUAGAGAGUUACAAAGAAAGUAACGCCCAGCAGUCGCUACAGAUAACAUCCCUGAGAGAUGACGUCAGGAAUCUUCAGGACCUUAUUGCUUCUCUAAUGAAAAUUAAAAUUUUGAAAAACACAAAUUCUCAGAAUCUUGGAAGAGGCAACUGGGAUCUAACUGAGCAAGUUAUAGACUUAGAGAACCGUCUAAGAGAGUACCUGGUAGAAAGAGAGAAGGCAGAAAUUCUGGAGAAAAGGCAGUCCUAUCCCAGCAGACUCUCUCCCUACAUACAUCUGAAAGGACCAGAAGAAUCCUUGGAUAUUUUCCCAGUGAAGGACAAUGGUGAAGCCUCCAACUUUGAAAGAGACAACAUUGUUUACUCUGAAGGACCAAUCGAUGGACAAAACUUCGGGGAUAAAUGUCAACAAGAUUUGAUACACAAAGAAAAAUUAACGUUUGAGUUGGACAGACCGCCACAUUCCUGCCGCCGGGACACCACAGCUGAGCAGUCCCAUCACCAGAAUUUCCUUGCUCAGCUGGCUACUUUACUGAGCGACAGCAUCGGCCCUAUACUAGCCACAGAGGAAUCAGUGAAAGAGAGGAUCCAGGAAAUGGGCAUAAACGAGCAGCUGUGGAAAUCUAGGUCUGAAGGCCUGCAGCAGGAAAUUCAGAAGCUCACCAAGAGGCUUGAGCAGCUCUACUACCUCUAUGAAGAGGCCAUGGAAGGGUUACCCCAGGCCGAAGAAGAUUACACAGAGCAGAAAAGACCCCCUCGACGUCUGGAAGGAAAGGCUGCUGUCAGCCCCUCUCCGAGGAGCUUAGACGUGGGCAGGACAAAAUUAAUCUCUACAAAGGAAAACUCCAGGACUGGAACUGCCCAUACAGAUAAACACAGCAAGUUCACACACUUAGAGUUGUUAUUGAAUAUUGAGCAGAACUCCAAGACGGCUGCAGCCCCAAGAAUGGAGGAGAAAAUUCAGAGACUUCAGAAGCAGCUUAGUGAUUUGAAAUUGUCAAACAAAAACAUGAAAACUCAACUGACGAGGGUAAAUGUCCUUAAGGAUAAGACAAUCGAGAGGCUCAGGCAAUCUGUAGCCAAAGCUGAAACAUUGAAAGAGAAGACAGCUGCCAAAACAGAUAACUUGAAAACCACAGCAGACACUGCUGAGGAGGCGGUGAAAUCCGAGGAGAGGGCCCAGCCGAAGGCAGCCCGGGACCCUCCUGAGCUUCCCACGGUCAGGAGCACCCUGAAAGGGGUCUCAGGACGAGAGCAAGAGCUUACCGACUUUCGAGAGACCAUUAUGAAGAUGUUGGGAUUUAACUUGAAAACAGCAGACAAGGAAGUCAUUAAUCAGCUGAAGCUUGUCAUCCAAGUUUAUGAAAUCUCCAGCAGAUCAAAGAUGGCUUCUCACCAGGAGGCUGGACAGGACAAGUGAGCAAGCUCUGCCUCUACUCGCUGCCAAGAACUUGGGUCCAGAGGUUUCGUACAGCAUCCAGGAUACAGCUCCAUUGUGAAUAAAAAGCACCCAGAAAGGUUCACUUACGA